AGCUGCCUUUCUGCGAGAUUCAAUUUUCUGCUGAGAUUUUAAGGAAACCUUCCGCCUCUUGUCUAUGCAGAAGAAUUUUAAUAGGGGUGUCAGUGUUAGAUUAGAUCGUUAGACCUGUCGCUCAUUCUGAACAUAGCAGAAUUUUCACAACUUGUUGCGGUCUCUAACACGCAAUUUAUUGCUCCAAUUUUGUUGUGCUUAGCAGGCCGGCCUCUUCGCCGAUUCUGACCAGAACUGUUGCAGGAAGCUGGUAUUGAACUAAUAACCCACUACUCUAAUCUUGGCACACUUUAAGACUUUCACCACUGACACUUUAACUUUGAUAACGAUGCGUGAAAAGUUUUGAUGUAAGUAGAUUGAUUUAUUAUUGUUAGUAUAACAUGGCAAUAGAUUCGCAAUUGUGAGGAGUCACCUGGACGAAGCGAGAUGCUGCGCAACGAGCCUCGGUCAGAGGACGCGACGAGCCUACCGCCCUGGGAGCGAGUCUUGUGGAAGAAGCAGCCCUACGCUGAUAAUUAUAUAGGCCCUCAUUUCUUCAGGGUCACUAAGAAACAGCGCGCGGUGAGCAGCAUAGAAGCCUUCACGGGAUGUCGAGUGGUGACGCACCAGAUUUUCUGGUGCCUGUUGGUGGUGAGCGCAUUUCACGGGCUCUCGGGCGGCGCGCUGCUGCCGUGGCAGCUCAUGGCCGCGACCGCCGCGCACGCUGCGUUUACCUUCUGCCGCUCCCGGCCUGGCUGGACCGCAGUACAGAUGGCUGUGAUGUGCGUGUGUUUGUGUGGAUGUUUGUGUGGUGGUGUGGUGCAGUCACUCACCGCGAGCAUCUCCACCGACACCAUCUAUGCGUGCACCACCCUGCUGCUGGUGCUGCACAUCGUCCUGCAUCACUACGGCCACGAUAUCGCUCUAGUGAACGAGACUCUGAGUCACAACGUCGGAGUGUUCGCAUGCGUGUGCCUGGCGUCGCGGCUCACCGACUACUGGGCGGUUUUCUCCUUCACCGUCGCCGGGAUUGCGGUCUUCGCGCGUCCCGACCGCGAGGACAAUAGGCAUGGCUGCAUUGAGUCAACCGCUGCAGCUGUGGCAGAGACGCUGUUGCUGUUCUCAGUGACGGCCGUGGCUGUCUGGGUCUACGUUCCGGUGCUGCUGCCGCUGCUGCUCUUCAGCACGGCCUUGUCCAACGUCGUGCUGCCAGCCCUCUUCUUGCGCCUGCAGCAUCACCGACAGAACAUCUACGGACCUUGGGACGAGGCACGGAUAGACUAGCGACCUUCUCAACAUUGCACAUGUGCUGUGAUAUUAGCUUAGACGGCAGACCCGUAAGGCAAUUCUUUCUUAUUAUUGAACUUUUAACAUCAAUUCGUUUAGAGGCGUUUAAAAAAUGGGUUUACCUUGAGACAAUGUGCUAAUCUCAUUUUUAUCAUGAUUAUGAGGAGCAAAUUUAAUUACUCCAUCCUAGUGUUAUAUGUGGCUCAAAUUGCUCUUGAAUUACAGUUACGUACAUAUAAUUGUAUCAUUUGAAGAGCCGGCUGUAUUGACUAUAUUUAAUUAUUCUGCUAAUUGUCGUAAGUUUCUGAAUAGCUCGAUCUAAAGAUAUAGAUGAACUUUGUUUUUUAAAUUUGUAUUAUAUUUGGAUAAGAGAUGAAUCAAUACAUUACAAAUCGUCAAACUAGUAUUUGAAUUUUUAAUUUCGGUCAGAAUAUACAAUGAAAUGAGAAAAUAUUAUAAUCAAAUAGUAGAAAGUAUCGUGAAUAUUGCACAUAGUUUUAAGUAAGUAUAUUCCUUUAGAUGAAUGGGCUUAUUAAAAAAUUAACAUUAAAGUUAGCAGCAUCCGUAAAAUAACGUUAAUGUUAUACUGAAAUGUUGCGCAAUACAUUAUCAUAAAUAAAGCCCACAGACACUUGACGAUCUAGACUUAUUCUAGAGGAAUAAGCGAAGACGUGGAGGAGGUAAAUUGAACGGCGUUAACACUGGAUGGUCGAUGGUGAGCUAUGAUAUGCAUCACAAAAAAAACUAAUUCUUCUAAAGGAAGAAUAACUGACUUCGAAUUAAUUAUAAGGAAUACAAUAAAAAUUUUAGGACUUGUCGUGAUCAGUAGGUAUCUAAUUGUUUGAUAAUAAAAAAUGAAUGAAACUGCAAUGAGAGUUCUCAGCCAAUGUGUCUAAAAGACGUGAAUGAGAGUUCAUUUUCGUCUUUAGUCUUGCUUUUAGUGUAGCAUCCAAGUUGCUGGUAGCUACAUGCUUAUAUUUCAUAAUUGGUUAUACAGUCAUAUAAAAAAUGCAUAAAAAAUAUCACAAAGAUAUAGCCAAUAGUAAACGGAAGGUAUGGAUAUAAAUACGGUUUAAAUAGAUAGCGAGAGUUACAAUCAAUGGAAAACACUUCUGUUUAAGAAUACUUAAAAGUUACUUAAUAUUUAACUUGAUCUCUGAUUGCCUCGACAACGUAAGUUGAGAAUGUAUUGCUGGAUCUUCGAAAAAUAAACCUCUAACAUUUUAUUUUGCAUUAGCAGGCAAUAUUCACAUUUUUCGCUAAUAUUUGUGCAAAUUAUGACUUAAUUCUAAGUCGUGAUAUCAAUUGGGUUAUUACAAAUUAUGACUCUACAGAAAUUAAGCUUAAAAUUCUAUUCAACUAUACGUUCGAUUCGAUAAUGUAAAGCUGAAGAUGUCGUAGCAAAAGUUUUCUUAAUAUAUGCGGAAAGAAAGAGCGAAUGUAUAUACUUAAA